AUGCCACACUUCCCUGUAGAAAACCUUUCUCUUUUGGACAGCCUGGUGUUAGGGGCUGUCCAGAUCAUGACAAGCUCCUUCCACUUGUUAAUGUGGUAUUUCCUGUUUGACCUUUAUAGCAAACAGCAUAAAGGAUAUUUUGGCAUAUAUAAUCCUAUAACCUAUAGAGUACAUUAUCCAUCAUGGGCCAUCAGUUUCCUCAUGUCUGGAAUCCUCUCUGUAAAUGAAGCAAAGUACUCCUCCAUCCAGUCAAGAAAACUGGCUUUAUUUGGAAACCUUGUGAGCGCCACAGUAGCAUCUAUUGGAAUCAUUCUCAUAAUCACUGAGUUGUGUUCAGAAGCUGAAAUGUCCUAUAAAAAUUUUGCAAGAGCAAAUGUGGGAAGGAUGGUUUCCAUGAUUUUGCUAAUCACCUCCCUCCUGGAGUUUGGCCUCACAUUUACCUACAUCUAUUACAUCCUCUGUAAUUGGGAUAGCCUCAUGGAAGAGAGCACAGUGGAGAACGGCACAGAUGAUGAUGUCGAAGGGCAGAACUAUGUUGAGGAAUGGUGCCCGGGAAGCUCCCAGGCACAGAGGGUCACAUUCCUACAGGUGACAAACUUGGUGCCCAGCCAAGGCUCUGGCGAGUCUAGACAGAAGAGGGCUGCUCCCAAAGGCCGGGACAGGGUGACCCCCACAUCCUCUGUCAGAGCCAUGGGCCAGGGUGGCUCUCAAAGCUCCUGGACCAGGCUGGGAGUCUAUACCAUCUCACCCGUCUUACUUCAGCUGGUCCGGCUUCCCCUCAUUCCUCGAUCACCUGUUUCAUUGGUCCCAGAGCAGCCCACCCAUGGCUUUUCCCAUGGAUCCAAGCCCAGUUCGGCUGGCUUGCCUGCCCGCUGA